AUGGCGCCCAAAGGCAAGCAGCAAGAGCCGAAGAAGGCCAAAGCCACCGUCGAUGACAAGACCUUUGGCAUGAAGAACAAGAAAGGUGGUGCCGCGCAGAAACAGAUCAAGCAGAUCAAAUCCUCGGCAGCAGCCGGCGGCACACCCGAAGAGAAGAAGAAAGCGGCCGAGAAGUUGCAGAAGGAGAAAGAGAAACUUGCAGCAGAAAAGGCACAGAAGGAAGCAGCCGAACUUUUCAAACCGGUCCAGACGCAAAAGAUUCCGUUCGGCGUGGAUCCGAAGACGAUUCUCUGCCAGUUCUUCAAGAAGGGCCACUGUGAAAAAGGAAAGAAGUGCAAAUUCUCCCACGAUCUUGAUGUGGGCCGUAAGCAAGAGAAGAAAUCUUUGUAUACCGACACGCGCGAAGGCGACGAAGGAGAGGAAGGAGAGGGAGGCGAUGCGAAGAAGAAGGAUAAUAUGGACGAUUGGGACGAGGAGAAGUUACGGCAAGUUGUCAUGUCGAAACACGGAAACCCCAAAACUACGACCGACAAAGUCUGCAAAUUCUUCAUUGAGGCUGUGGAGAAUCAGAAGUAUGGAUGGUUCUGGCAGUGUCCGAAUGGAGAGACUUGUAUGUAUCAGCAUAAACUUCCGCCUGGGUUUGUGUUGAAGACGAAAGAGCAGAGGGCGGCGGAGAAGGCGCUUAUGGAUAAGUCGCCAUUGAAUACACUCACGCUGGAAGACUUCCUGGAAUCAGAGCGACAUAAACUUACUGGCACACUUACGCCGGUGACGCCGGAGACUUUCGCGAAGUGGAAGAAGGAGAGGAUGGACAAGAAAGCUGCCGAGGAGGAGGCGAGGAAACUCAAGGAGGCGACUGGUCGUGCUAUGUUCGAGAAAGGAGACUGGCAGGGUAGUGAUUCCGAGGAUGAUAGUGAUGAUGAUGACGAUGGUGGAUUCAACCUUGAGGCCCUCAGGAGGGAGACUGAGGCGGCGAGGGAGAAGAAGGAAGCGGAGCGCGUGGCGGCACAGGGCGGUGAGAUAUGA